AUGGACUCGCCGGCCUCCGCAGCUCGCGGUAGAGGCCGCGCUUCUGCUAGGAAACGCCACGCGCUCCCGGCUGGUCCCUCUUCGCAUCUCGGCUCUAGUACUAUCACCACGGUUGAGCAAGUUGACCAACAACUCCCAUCUUCCACACCAGCUGACAGUCUUGCCUCCUCAUCUUUUUCCUUUGGAACCCCUAGUCCUACUGCCUCUAGAGGAACACGUGCUCGUGCUCGUGUUGCUGAUGGCACUAUGCCCUCAUCUGACGACCUUGACAACAAAGGUGGCCGCUCACUCAGAAAGCGGGCCCGUGUUGAUUACACCUUCGACCAAGGCACCGAGGAAUAUCUGAGCGACAACAGCAAAUCAACACCUUCCGCUGCGCGAGCCAUAAAAAGGCGGCGCACAGAUACUGCCUUUCAUGAUUUUGACAAGGAGGAAGAUUUCAAUACCGCUCACAUCAAGAGGCGCUCCUCUGAACAGCUUCUCCCACCUGCAUCAUCCCUUCGUAGACGCAAUCAACUACGAAAGUCAACAGGAGAGCAUCAGGCCCUAAUCCCUGAUCAGCAUAUGGAAGAUGUUGAGGUCCAGGACACCAUUGAAGUUGGUGGUCAUCAAAGCGAGCAAUCCGAUGAGUCUACCCUCAGGCGCACCACUUCAAAUACAAGCUCUAGCGUCUCAAAUGACGAUUCAAAGCCGUCUCAUGUCACAACAUCGUCCGAUAUAGUUUCAACUCCCCGCAAAUCUCGAUUAGGUUUGGCUCAGGUCGACUUCGACCAUGAGGACGCUGUCAAACACCACGAGGCUCCCGAUACACGUCGACCUGGUCAUUCUAAUAGUGUUGUCGACGAAUCUCUUCACCCCUCAUAUGCACAUCUUACCCCAUACAUUAACGGCGCUUUUAUUGAGUGGCCCCCUGCGCAGGCUGAAGCCGAGCCUGCCUCUGAAUUGCCGCCGCUGCAGCAAGAUGUCCUUGACGAUGCUGUAGAUGAUCAGCUUGAUGGUGCCCAAGCCGAUAAUAUCAAGGCAGACAUCGCACUAGAAGACACUCCCAUGACUGAUCCCCUCGUACCAGAUUCUACUCCUGUAGAUGGUGCUAUGGACGAUACACCAGCAAUGUCGCCUUUGCCUACUAGGGCAAACUCCCCCACAGCGGACAUAGACCUUCCUUAUAGCCAGCCACCUGUGAGAGGGCCGAUUGCUUUCAAGAAGGCCAGAGAUGCGUCCGAGUUUAUUGACCUAUUGGAAGACUUCAAGUCUCUACCGCCGGAAGAAGUAUGGGCGAGGCUGGAAGUUGUCAACCGUGCUUUAGCGGCCUGGCAGGAUGAGUAUAAUGAACUACGAAAGAUUACAGACGAUGAGGACAAUGCAGUCCGGUAUCGCACAGAUGACGCAGCCUUUGAACACCGGGUUAAAAUGCUUACGAGCAAGGAUCCCGAUGCAAACCCAGUACAAAAGGACUUUAUUAUUCGAGGCAUUCGGGCUGAUCGUCCCCAUCCCGAAAUUGCCUAUGCCCGACAUCAAGACAAGCUCAUGGCUACAAACUAUUACUUCGAUUAUGACGAUAGAGACGCUAAAAUUGGCUUCCAAGAUCCACUUGAGCAAAAACCGGGCUCGGGAAAAGGUCGCUUACGAGAUCGACCAAAGCAAACAGCCAAAGCGGCGGAAGCCGAUGACGGUGUCGUCGUCCAUGGCAAGCGUGUUAGGAAGCCUCCAGCACUGUUCGACGGAAGUGAAGCCGCUAGCAGAGGCUCAACUCCUAUUCCCACUCAACGUCGGCGUCGACGAGCGGGAGAUGUUGUCGAAGAGAAUAGUGAGGCUAAUCCUAAGGUGCCAGCCUCGGCGACGGCACCUAUUGAACCACAACCACUCAAAAAGAAAGGUAAGGGAGGCCGUCCACGGAAGCAUCCCCUACCAGUUCCUGUCCCGGAAGCUCCCGAAGCUACUCCUGUGCCAGCCGAACAGGUACAGCAACAACCCGAGAAGGUCGAGAAGGUUGAUGAAGAGAAGCCUACGCGGAAACGUCGACGUAGAAGGACAAUUGUCGAGGCCGGUGAGGAAGAAGAGGCACUUACCACCAAUGGUGUCGAUCAACGAACGCCUGUCAAGGCCGAAUUACGUCGUACCAACUCACGACUCUCAGAGGUUCCCUCGGGUUCAUUCUACACAUCAUCUAUGCAAUCUAAUAACACAGCAGACGAAUCUCGUCCUCCAACUUCGUCAUCAACCGCUACCCAGUCUACUAUAACAUCAAAUAACUACCAACUUAGAGAGAAGCGGCAAAAGAAGUUUUCUCUGAAUCCGGAGGAUGAACCUCGUGAGGAAGAGCCCAAGCGCAAGCGCGUCAGACGCUCGAAGAAAACACAGGUCGAAGACUUCGCAGCGACACCCGUUCCGGUACCCAUUCCUUCUCCUAUGCCGACUCAACAGCCUGCACCAGAAACACAUCCGACCACGAAACCACCUACUAAGAUCAAAAUUAAGAAUUACAAUGGGUCUGCCUCUGCCCCUCACCCAAUGCCUAUCCCUCCUCCGAAUCCUUUCUCUGUUCCAUCGUCAUCAAGCUCGACACCCCCCCACAGCGGCAGUAGCACCAGUAACGCAGCUGCUGCUUACGGUACCGACCCAGCCGAUAUCAAGGACUAUAACCAAAUGACAAAGUCCGAGAAAAUGUCCCAUUCUAUGAAAGCGCGCUGGGCAUCUGGGUCCAUGUCCCAAGCUGUUGCUAAACGUCGCGCCACUCUUGCAAAUAAGAAACAAGCCGUCAAAGCUGCGGAGCCAGGGCAGCAACCAGAACCAACACCCGUCAUGACACAAUCUUGA